AUGCAACUGUUGCGUUUCAUCUCGUCGGCGGUGGUUCCUCUCUCUACAAAGCCUUCCCGUCUAUCUUUCUCCGUCGCAGCUAUGGACUGUGUUGCUGCUUCGUGUAGCUUGGUUUUAUGUGGCAAGUCCUCUGUGGAAACAGAUAUAGCAAAGAGUUUGAAGAACAGUAACACGCUUAAACUCCCAGACAACACUCAAGUUUCACUCUAUCUGGAAUCUGAGAUGAAGGAUUUGGUUAGAGAUGAUGGUGAAGAUUCCUUCAGUCCUUCACUGUUUAUGAACUCCAUCUCAACUCAUCAGUUCGGUCGGUUUCUCAUUUGGUCUCCACGCUUGUCUUCCACUCAUGACGUUGUUUCUCAUAACUUCUCUGAGCUUCUGGUUGGUUCGGUUUGUGUCACGGAUAUUCAGUUUAAAGGUCGAGGGAGGACAAAGAAUGUGUGGGAGUCUCCAAAGGGUUGUCUUAUGUAUUCGUUUACUGUAGAAAUGGAAGACGGUCGAAUCGUGCCUUUGAUACAGUAUGUGGUCUCGCUUGCUGUUACUGAGGCAGUGAAACAUGUCUGUGACAACAAGGGUUUGCCGUACAUUGAUGUUAAGAUAAAGUGGCCGAAUGAUCUCUACUUGAAUGGCCUUAAGGUUGGAGGCAUUUUGUGUACCUCUACUUACAGAUCAAAGAAGUUCCAUGUCAGUGUUGGUGUGGGAUUGAAUGUUGACAACGAGCAACCGACCACGUGCUUAAAUGCAGUACUGAGAGACAUGUCUCCUGCAUCAAACCUACUCAAGAGAGAAGAAAUUCUUGCUGCUUUCUUUGAUAAAUUCGAGAAAUUCUUCCAUCUCUUCAUCGACCAAGGUUUUAAAUCUCUCGAAGAGCUAUACUACAGGACAUGGCUUCACAGCGAGCAAAGAGUGAUGGUUGAAGAAAAAAUCAAUGACAAAGUUGUUCAAAAUGCUGUGACCAUCCAGGGUUUGACAACUUCUGGAUAUUUGCUGGCUAUUGGAGAUGAUAAUCAAAUGUAUGAGCUUCACCCUGAUGGCAAUAGUUUUGACUUCUUCAAAGGUCUAGUCCGUAGAAAAAUAUGA